CCCAUAUAUUCAUUGUUUAUUUUCGUUAUGCUUGCUUGUAGGCCCUACUGAUGUAUGUCGCUUUGGACAAAGGCGUCUGCAUUUAACCAUAACCAACUGGAGGCGUGACUACGCGCGUCACGUUCCCUCCCCUAAAACUACAAUAGUCGCCUCGAUGAUCAAGCAGUUGAAAAUAUACCUGCUCCACAUUCUCCCGUGCUGAGUUGUGUGUCCAUGAAGAGUGACCAGUCCAUGGAUCCACCACUCCACUCUGGAGAAGGAAGUGUUCCUGCUGGUCAGAGAUAUCAGCAGAUCCACAAAUCCCACCUACAGAAGAAGUUUCAGUGUCUGAUUGAGGGAAGCCAAAACCAGGGAGACACCAGACUCCUCCAUGAGAUCUACACAGACCUCUACAUCACAGAGGGGGGGAGAGGAGAGGUCAAUGAUGAACAUGAGGUCAAACAGAUAGAGAGGGCAUCCUGGAGAGAAGCAGCACAAGAUACACCAAUCAAAUGCAGUGAUAUCUUUAAACCCUUAUCUGGACAAGUCAAACCCAUCAGAACAGUGCUGACUAAGGGAGUGGCUGGCAUUGGGAAAACGGUCUCAGUGCAGAAGUUCAAUCUGGAUUGGGCUGAAGGAACAGCCAAUCAGGAUGUCCACUUCAUAUUUCCCCUUCCUUUCCGGGACCUGAACCUGACGAAGGAGAAGAAACUCAGUCUGGUGGGUCUUAUUCAGCACUUUUUCCCAGAAAUCAAAGAUCCCAGAGUCUUUACUAGCUCAGAGCACAGAGUCAUGUUCAUCUUUGACGGUCUGGAUGAGUGUCGACUUCCUCUAGAUUUCCACUCCAACCCAACCUGUUGUGAUGUGACAGAGCCAGCCUCAGUGGACGUGCUGCUGACAAACCUCAUCAAGGGGAAUCUGCUUCCCUCUUCUCUCCUCUGGAUCACCACCCGACCAGCAGCAGCCAAUCAGAUCCCUCCUGACUGUGUGGACCAGAUGACAGAAAUAAGGGGAUUCAAUGACCCACAGAAAGAGGAGUACUUUAGGAAGAGAAUUGGUGAUGAGAACCUGGUCAGCAAAGCAAUCACACACCUGAAGACAUCCAGAAGCCUCUACAUCAUGUGCCAUAUUCCAGUCUUCUGCUGGAUUUCAGCCACAGUGGUAGAAAAAAAAUCAGACAAAGCAGAAAUGCCAAGGACUCUGACUCAAAUGUACACACUCUUUCUGGUCAUUCAGACAAGCAUAGAAAGGGACAAGUUCACAGAGAGAAAAGAGACAGAUGAAGAGGUGAUUUUCAAACUGGGGAAACUGGCUUUCAAACAGCUGGAGGAAGGCAAUCUGAUCUUCUAUGAGGAAGACCUGAGAGAGUGUGGCAUUGAUGUCACAGAAGCAUCAGUGUACUCAGGAGUGUGUACUCAGAUCUUCAGAGAGGAGUCUGGGAAGGUGUUCAGCUUUGUGCAUCUGAGCAUCCAGGAGUUUCUUGCAGCUCUGUAUGUGUUCCUCUGCUUCAGCAACAGACAGAGAAACAUGCCUGACCAACAGCAAACCUCUCAGCUCUCUGCUCUGUUCAGAGCUGCAACACUUCUUGACCUACACAAGACUGCAGUGGACCUGGCCUUACAGAGUAAGAAUGGACAUCUGGACCUUUUCCUCCGCUUCCUUCUGGGCCUCUCACUGGAGUCCAAUCAGAAUAUCUUAAAGCGCCUACUGCCACAGAGCAGUAGCCAAUCAUAUAGCUCAGAGCAAACAGUCCAGUAUGUGAAACAAAAUAUCAGAGAUCAGAGGAGCUCAGCCAGAAGGAUCAACCUGUUCUACUGUCUGAAUGAGCUGAAUCACCAUGCUGUAGUGGAGGAGAAAAGCAGCUCAGGAACUCUGCUUGUACACAUGCUCUCACCAGGACAGUGGGAGACUAAGACAUUUGGAUGUAAGAUGUCAGAAGAGCAGCUGGCUGAGUUCGACCUGCAGAAGUACAUAAAGACACCAGAGGAAGAUCAGACUGAACUGCUCAGUCCAGAUGAAGUUCUUCAGAAGCUGCUGCCAGUGGUCACUACAUCCACAUAUGCCGGGCUGUAUGAGUGUGAUCUGAGCGAUAAGAGCUGUUCCUAUCUGGCCUCUGCACUGAAGACAUCACACUCAUCAAAUCUCAGAGUCCUAGACCUGGGUUGGAAUAAGCUGCUGGACUCAGGAGUGGAACUUUUAUGUUCUGCUCUUUGUCAUCACAACUGCAAACUGGAGGAACUAGAGCUGGAGAGGUGUAAUCUGAGCGAUAAGAGCUGUUCCUAUCUGGCCUCUGCACUGAAGACAUCACACUCAUCAAAUCUCAGAGUGCUGCGCCUGGGUUGGAAUAAGCUGCUGGACUCAGGAGUGGAACUUUUAUGUUCUGCUCUUUGUCAUCACAACUGCAAACUGGAGGAACUAGAGCUGGAUAACUGUAAUCUGAGCGAUAAGAGCUGUUCCUAUCUGGCCUCUGCACUGAAGACAUCACACUCAUCAAAUCUCAGAGUGCUGAACCUGAGUGACAAUAAGCUGCUGGACUCAGGAGUGGAACUUUUAUGUUCUGCUCUUUGUCAUCACAACUGCAAACUGGAGAAAGUAUGGCUGGUUAAGUGUGAUCUGAGCGAUAAGAGCUGUUCCUAUCUGGCCUCUGCUCUUAAGUCUCCCUCCUCAAAUCUCACACUGUUGUACCUGAUUAGCAAUCCCCAGAUGAGUGCAUCAGCUGUAGAGCUGCUCUGUGCUCUAGUGAAGGACCCACACUGUAAACUGCAGACACUACAUACUGGUCAUGGAACAGUGAAGUUCAAGUGAAGUGUUGAGCCACGGCCCUGAGCUGGAUGGGGUCUGUGGGGCAGGAACUCAUGACAUGAAGAUGUGAUCCAACACACACACACACACACACACACACACACACACACACACACACCACCAGACACGCACAUGAUUUAACCGUUUUUCUCAGUCGCUUUGGUACAUUUCUCAAAUCAUCCUUGAGAUUUGCAAAACAGUAAGUGCAUUUCUCAAAACAAUUUGUACAAAUAGCACAACACCAUGGAUUACCUGCAAAAGCCAGUUUCUUGCUCAAAAUCCUUAGUCCAUCUCUCACAACUAAAUAUCUGAAUCAAUGAACAUGUCAGUGCAUCAGAAUGACACGUCCUUGUGGCUUAGUCAUGUUGUCAGUAUAAUAGUGUACUCUGGAGGAAUGUCUUGAUGUAAACUAUGGCUAAUGUUUUGAUGACAAAUUGGAGGUUACACCUUAGUGGGAGUUUCAUUGCAAGUGACUGGACAAGAUUCACAUUUACGCUUCAACUGUAAUUUGUUGAUAAACCAUGUCAUUGCGAUACUGAAAGGAAGAUAGCACUGCAUAGCACAAAGAAUAAUAUGAAAUAUAUAGAAAUGUGACCAUAGGACAAUCUCCUCAGGGAAAACUGUAGAGAUGUGACCACAUGACAAUCUCCUUAGGGAAAACUGUAGAGAUGUGACCAUAGGACAAUCUCCUUAGGGAAAACUGUAGAGAUGUGACCACAUGACAAUCUCCUUAGGGAAAACUGUAGAGAUGUGACCAUAGGACAAUCUCCUUUGGGAAAACGGUACGUGCAGUGCUGUUGGAAGUGACUAGAAAAACUGUAAAAUAUCAGGCUCUGUACACACACACACACACACACACACACACACACACACACACACACACACACACACACAGGCUCUUGAUUGUAAAAUAUCAGGCUCUGUAAAAUGUUGUUACAGCCUGCUACCUACUGGCCACCCUGAGUAAUUUCUUUUUACUUUACUUACUUUUUGAGGGAGGUCUGGGAAG